CUCUAUUACUUUUUUACACAAUUUCACUCAAUAAUAAAUCAUUCAUUAUGUAUUCAUAUGAGACCCAUUAUUCAUAUGUAGGUCAUCACUCAUACACGGUAAGUGAUUUACAAUUGAGUGAAAUUGUGUUAAAAAGUAAUAAAAAUGAAUUAAAUUCAUAUGACCUUUGAUCUCUCGUUGAAGUAAGACUCUGCAUUCCUUACACUGAAAAUUGUUCUAUUGUUACACCUUCAGAUAAACAAUGCUGGAAUAAGUCUACUAAAGCGGGCCAUAGACCAUACUGCUGAGGAUUUCUCAAAUGUAAUGGGUACUAAUUUUGAGGCCCCAUACCAUCUCUCCCAACUAGCAUACCCUAUGCUCAAAGCAUCUGGACUCGGAAAUGUCAUCUUUAUUUCCGCUGUUGCUGGUGUCACGGGUCUACCUGCUAUCUCAGUCUAUGCAGCGUCUAAAGGUGCAAUCAAUCAACUUACAAAGAACUUGGCUUGUGAAUGGGCAGAGGACAACAUUCGCAUCAACACUGUUGCACCGGGGGGUGUCCGAACCACUAUUAUCAAACCAGAGAAUGUCGAAGAAUCCAUAGUGAAGAUGAUUGCGCCGAUGAUGACUCGAGUUCCUCUUCGUCCCAUUGCUGAACCUAAUGAGAUUUCAGGACUUGUGGCAUUCCUUUGCCUUCCAACAGCUUCAUACAUUACUGGGCAGGUUAUUGUUGUUGAUGGUGGACUUACAGCACGUUGUUACUAGCAACUCAUACACUCCCUCAUUCUCCCACCUUCAAGGCAAUUCCUUCAAGUUUGUCUGUAGCUCACUGUACUACAGGACAGCAUUCACAUGUUAUUAAAUAAGGCUCAUGUAAGAAUGCAAAAACUUAAAGAAGCUUUUACUGAAUUAUGGUGUUUCGAGUUAUUUUGGUAUGAAUGGA